AUCAAAAAUAUUUAUUGAAUCGUAAUGUAAAUACAAUCUUUAAAAAAUUUUUAACUGAAGAAUUAGAAGAUGCAAUUAUUGAUUAUGAUUUCAAAAUUAAAAAUCUCGAUUUUAGAACUUCUAAAGAUUUAGAAACACAAAAAAAUUGGAAAAAAUUAAUUUUAGAUAAUCAAAACAUGAUUUCAUAUUAUAAUAAUUAUAAAAAUUAUCUUAAUUAUAAAUUAGAUAAAAAUAACAUUUCAUUAGAUUAUAGUGAGAAAUUUAUCAAAAAUAGAAAAGUUAUUAAUGCAAAAGAAAAAUUAACAUUAAAAUUUUUAGAAUAUAACAAAAAUUUUUAUGAAUCAAUUCUCAAAAGAAUAGAAACUGAAAAAAAUGAUAAAGAAAAAUUUAAAGAUAAUAGAAUUUUUGAUAAAGAAAUUAAAUUAUUAAGAGAUGAAUUUUUAUCAAAAAAUAACUAUAAAAUCUCUAUAUUACAAGAAUUAAGAAAAAAUAUCUUAUCAAAUCAAUAA